AUGGCUGACAAACAAGAAUGCGUAGAGCACUUGGACGAUCCCUCCCCCAGAACCACCGGUUCAGACCACUCUGGCUCUGCAACCGACAUCGGAGGACCCAUUGGUGGUGGAGAGUUGUCACCGUCAAAGUUGGAGAGGACAACGAGUAUGGACCACCAGAACACGGCUCAGGCUUCGCUGGAUGUUGAGAUGGCCAAAGCCCACAUCUCCACAUGCCGCAUGUUCAAUAUCGGCUUCUUUGUCUUUACCCUGGGCUCCCUUCUCUGCGGCCUCGCUCAAAAAAAAUACAACGGUUACGAUCUCCUCGGCUACCGUGUGGUCCAAGGUCUCGGAGGCGCCCUCCUCUUCUCCAACUGCUUCGCCAUCGUGGCCGAUAAAUUCUACCCCUACAACCAAGUCGGACUCGCCAGUGGUAUCAUCAACAUUGCCUUUGCGGCCGGAACGAUUCUGGGACCCGUCAUUGGAGGAGCGACGGUCAAAGCUAGCUGGAAAUGGGUCUUCUUCUUCAACCUACCGUUUGGAGCGCUCGGCACACUGGCUGGAUUCCUGUUCUGCCAUGACACCGUCUUUUCUCAUGUCGAGUAUGCGUCGUUCAGGAAGCUGGUUCCUACGUUCGACUACAUUGGAUUCAUCAGUCUGACGGGCACGUUGGUCCUCUUGUUUGUGGUAGUCGUCAGUGCCUUGUUCCCCAACGGCAAGGUCUCGGAGAACUCUUCGCUGAUCGGCAUGGGUGUCGCGAUGGGUGUCCUCUUUAUUAUAUUCAUCAUCCAACAGGCGUUCGUCCGCGGCGGCAAGCGUUAUAACCCCGCCAAGGCUCCCUUCAUUGACUUUAACCUAUUCAAGAACUGGGUCUUCAACAACACGGUCGUCCUCGGCGGUCUUGCCGGUGGUGUCGCCCGUACCAAUUUGACCUUUUCCUACAUCUUCUUCUUCCAAGGACCCUACAGCAAGGACCCCCUUAUGGCUGGUAUUUUGCUGAUCCCCUUUGGACUGGGCAUCAUGAUCGCUGGUAUGCCUGCCGGUCGUUUGGCGGACGUAAUUGGAUUCCGCUACCUCUGCACUGCCGGACUUGCCCUGGCUUCGCUCGCAACCCUGAUUAUGCCCUUGGUGAUCAAGCCCGAAACCAACACCUGGGUGAUCUCUGCGCUCCUCCUUGUCAGCGGACUCGGCUGGGGUCUCUACCAGUCGCCCUCAGCCUCGAUCUCGAUGCUUUGUAUCCUCCCCCAGCAGCGGUCUGCCUCAUCGUCCCUCCGUAUCAUGUUCACCAUGCUGUCCCAGAUGAUCGCCAUUGUCAUCUGCUUCAAGAUCAUCAUCUCGGGUAUGCCGCCAGAAGCCGUCCAGGAGCUAUUCAUCUACGGCGGAGGUAUUGAUGCAAUGUACCUGCCCUCGUUCAUGCAUGGCUGGAAGAUUGUCUGCUGGAUCACUUUCGUAAUCACGCUUGUCUGCUGUGUUUGCUCCUGGGGUCUACCCAUCCGGCCUGUCCUGGCCAACACUGAGCCGAACUUGGAUGCUGCUAGCGUUGCUGAUAUCGAGGAGGCAAAAUAA